AUGGUCAGCUUCAAGUCCCUCGCCACCCUCCUUGCUUUUGGCGUUCUCUCCGCCACUGCUGCCCCUGCUGGAGAUGCUUUGAACGGGAGCCAUCUUGAGGCUCGGCAGUCGCCCCGUCAGGUCUUUGCCUGCAAGGAUUGGUACUGGCAAGGACAGUGUAUCACCUGGGACAUGACCUACGCUGAAUGCAGGAACCUUCCCGCGGAGUGGAACGAUGUCAUCAGCUCAAUCAAAAGUGUUCACAGAACUGGUGUCUAUUGCGAGUGGUGGGAGCACGCCAACUGCUCUGGCGAGCGUUACGACAACCAGGAGGACGCCAACCUUCACGAUGGCGAUGGCUUCUUCGCCGAUCGCAUCAGUUCCAUUCGCUGCUACUAA